GAAUUUUGCCUGUGACAAAAUUAUCCCCAUUUGCCCCCCCACUCUCUCUCUCUCUCUCUCUCUCUACUCCUGAAGAAAACAAAGUGCUUCAAAAAUGGAUUCCACUUCUCAUCAUCAACAAUUUAAGAUAAUCCUGGGAUCGUCUUCUAUUGCCCGGAAACAAAUCUUAUCUCACAUGGGUUUUCAAUUCACGACCAUGUAUGCAGAUAUUGAUGAGAAGGCAAUCAGGAAAGAGAAGCCUGAAGAUUUGGUUAUGGCUCUUGCCGAGGCAAAGGCAGAUGCCAUAGUAGGAAAACUCCAGAACAUAAAGAACCAAGAAACGGAUGGCAAAUCUACACUCGUAAUAGCAGCCGACACUGUAGAAAAUGUCGAACCAAAGCUUCAUGGCUCCGAGGAUGCAGAACCUACCCUGCUAAUUACUUGUGACCAAGUGGUGGUGUACGAAGGCGUGAUAAGAGAAAAGCCUUCCAACAAAGAAGAGGCUCGUCAAUUCCUAAAAGAUUAUUCCGGUGGACAUGCCGCAACCGUGAGUUCUGUUCUUGUUACAAACCUUAAAACCGGUCUGAAAAAAGGAGAAUGGGACAAAGUUGAGAUCCAUUUCCAUGAUAUACCGGAAGAGAUAAUAGAAAGCCUGAUAGAAGAAGGGAUUGUACUUAAUGUAGCAGGAGGGCUUAUAAUCGAACAUCCUCUCGUUUUGCCUUAUGUCAAACAAGUGGUAGGCGGAACUGAUAGCGUGAUGGGACUUCCGAAAGCACUCACUAGAAGAUUAAUGAAUGAGGUUUUGUAGAUUCAAACCUUCGUAUUCUUGUUAAUUAUCUGAGAUUCGUUUUCUUGUUAAUUAUCUGAGAUUUUUUUUUCUAGUCGUGUAUGCUUAUUUUAAGACAAAUGAAAAAAGACGAUGUGGGAUUACGUCGUUGAAUAUUAAGAAUGUACAACAAUAUUGCGGCAUGAUGAAAUUUGAUAUCCAGAAUUCUAGUUUGGU